UACGUCGUGAAUCGUUCACAUGAACAGAGGGACAGGAUUAUAUGGUGGUGAUCUAGCCCCCCAAACCUUCUUCUCCAUUCAAUUGUCGAAGCAUUGGCAGUUAACAAAAGAUGAACUUCUUCACGACUCGUUUAGCUCCAUCCAACAAGGGCUUGAAGAUGAGUGAGAGAGAGUAUCAAACAAGAGACCCACCUCGGCCACCACCCGAAAAUGUUUUACAACUCUUCCAGCGCCUGCACCACGUUGAAGGCGACACUAUCAGGGUCUAUGCCUCUGAAGACGAUGCUGAGCCGAUCUUUGUGCAGGAAGGUCUGCUUCGGCUCGUCUUCCGUGGCUCGUUGUGGUUCAAGUUUACCAUAGCACAGAUGGAUCUCAAAUCGACUUCCAGAUUGGUCCUCUACACGCAACAGGAUGUGCUCGCAAUGUUCCUCUUUUGGGUCUUCCAUGCUCGAGUCCCAGGUUUGCAUGAGGUGGGCCAAUAUCCUAGCAUUCCUAGUCAGGACGACGAGGAUGACUACCAGACACUGCUUGUGCGAACCUGGGUUUUCGCAGAUUCCGUCGAGCUUCCAGGCCUCCAAAAUGCGCUGAUGACCAAGUUGUUCGACGCCUUCGACAAUCCGGCCAAGGACAUUACAGCAGAGACUCUUCAGAUAUGUCUACUAGCGUCCGAAGCUGGCACCAAGAUGCGAUGGGCACUGUUGCAGUACUUUCUAUGGUGCGAAGACCACAGUGAGCGGGACGACUGUGAACUUCAACAUCACGCGCGACUGCAACCGUACAUCGAUGUUGAAGGUGUCAAGGAGAUCGAAGCGGAUCUCGAAGAUGCGAGAACUGUACGCCGCGUCCUCGAUGCCCACCAGCGCAAGAAGCGCCCUGUCGCGAAGUCGUUCCUCGUGUUCGACCCACUGGCGUCAACGCGUGCUUGAGAGCAUGUGACCUGGACCAGACUUUGCGGCGACACUAUUCACCACAUCUAACACAAAAGCAGCAAACACUUUCCUUGUUUAUCUUAAGCCAACUCGACUGCUGAGACAAUUUCAUUUGCAUCAACACACCUCUG